AUGAGCCAUGAUUCACAGAGAUCUGUGCAAUUCUCUAGAUUACCCUGUGAGGCAAAUCUAUCGAACCGGCUGCUAAGAAAACACUCAUUGUCUUUGAAAGCUCUUGUGACCUCCAAUCCUUUAAACAUAUCAUCUGCAUCAGUCAUCAGUGAUGAUGAUGAGAAAAUUGGAGUCCUGUUAUUGAACCUUGGAGGCCCUGAGACAUUAGAUGAUGUGCAACCGUUCUUGUUUAACCUUUUCGCUGACCCGGACAUUAUACGGUUGCCACCGCUGUUCCAAUUUCUUCAGAAGCCAUUGGCGCAAUUUAUAUCAGUAGCAAGGGCACCUAAAAGCAAGGAAGGAUAUGCAGCAAUUGGUGGUGGUUCUCCCCUCCGCCUCAUCACUGAUGCACAGGCUGAAGAAUUGAGAAAGUGCCUUUGGGAGAAAAAUGUCCCAGCUAAGGUAUAUGUUGGUAUGCGGUAUUGGCAUCCAUUCACUGAGGAAGCUAUUGAACAGAUAAAAAGAGAUGGAAUAACAAAACUUGUUGUUCUACCACUGUAUCCUCAAUUUUCAAUAUCAACCAGUGGUUCAAGCCUAAGACUCUUGGAGAAAAUAUUCCGAGAGGACGAGUAUCUUGUGAACAUGCAGCAUACUGUUAUACCAUCAUGGUAUCAACGGGAGGGAUAUAUAAAGGCAAUGGCAAAUUUAAUCCAAAGCGAGUUGGGAAAAUUUGGUGACCCUAGUAAGGUUGUAAUAUUUUUCAGUGCACAUGGUGUGCCUCUUGCAUAUGUUGAAGAAGCCGGUGAUCCUUACAAGGCAGAGAUGGAAGAAUGCGUUGAUCUGAUUAUGGAGGAAUUAGACAAGAGAAAUAUAACUAAUGCUUACACUCUCGCUUAUCAGAGCAGAGUUGGACCAGUGGAAUGGCUGAAACCAUACACUGAAGAAGCCAUUACUGAACUUGGUAAAAAAGGUGUUGAAGAUCUUCUUGCAGUACCCAUAAGCUUUGUGAGUGAGCACAUUGAAACUCUGGAAGAGAUAGAUGUUGAAUAUAAAGAGUUGGCUUUGAAGUCUGGUAUCAAAAACUGGGGGCGAGUGCCUGCGCUAGGAACGGAACCCAUGUUUAUAUCUGACCUGGCAGAUGCUGUUAUGGAAAGUCUUCCAUAUGUUGGAGCUAUGGCAGUCUCAAAUCUCGAAGCUCGACAGUCGUUAGUUCCGCUUGGGAGUGUAGAAGAACUUUUAGCGACAUAUGAUUCACAGAGGAGGGAAUUACCUGCGCCGGUGACGAUGUGGGAAUGGGGAUGGACCAAAAGUGCGGAAACAUGGAACGGAAGAGCAGCAAUGUUGGCCGUGCUCGCUCUCUUGGUGCUCGAAGUCACCACUGGAAAAGGGUUUCUGCAUCAAUGGGGCAUUUUGCCUUUAUCUCAAUAA